AUGGGUCGUCCAUUCCUCACCCUCUUCGGCGCGGAUCCCGCCCUGGACCCUCUCCACCCUUACGAAACCUCAUGGCUUCUCUCGCCCGUCCUCCUGGGCCUCAGCCGCGCUGUAAUCGCCGUCUACAUCUUUUUCUGCAUCAUCUACACCUACGUCUAUGACUCCACGCACAGCAACUCCGUGGCCAUCGGGCAGUCGUUCAGUUUCUUCACCAUCCUCAAUUUCUGGGGUAUGGGCUUCUACUUUUUGGUGUCCGCCGUGCAUACGUUACUCUAUGCGGCGACGGGCCGGUCUGUGAUUUUGGAUCGUUUGCCGCGCGUGUUCAGGGCACUGCAUGCGCUGUUUUAUACGUGUGUGGCGACGCUUCCGUUUUUGGUGGUGGUGAUUUAUUGGGGGGUGUUGUAUAGUGGGUCGUGGUUUAAGGACUGGUUUGGUGCUUGGAGUAACAUCUCCGAGCACGGCCUAAUCGGCAUUUACUCUCUUCUAGAAGUCUGCCUGACAACCACGCCCCCCCACCCUCUUAUCCAUCUCGCAUUCCUCAUUCUUAUCCUCUUGCUUUACCUCGCCCUUGCAUACCUGACCCACUACACCCAGGGCUGGUAUACAUAUUCCUUCCUUGACCCCGGCGACCAUGGUCAACAUAGCGGGAAAGUUGCCGCGUAUUGUUUUAUCAUCUUGGCGGCUAUUUUGGCUGUGUUCUUUGUGACGUGGGGGUUGAUCUGGCUAAGACGGAGGUGGACGCACGGCGAGAUCAAGAGGGCGAAAAAGGAUUUGGUGCCGGUGUAUGGAGAUAAUUCGCAUCUUAGCCAUGGAGACGAGGAGACGACGACGACGACGACGACGCAGCAGGUGAGGGUGAAGGGGCCGAAUGAGUUUUGA